CGUUAUACGAAGACUAGCACAUAUAGACUCCGCCCUUAGACACGUGGCUGCAUAGCACACGAUUUUUCCCGCCUCCCAAAGAGUCUCCCUCUCUUUUUCUUUCACUUUCUCGGAAAAUACUAGCCGCAAACUCAGAUUUUUCUCGGAGCUUAGCCGCUUCAGAGAAGUAAAGAUGGGGGUGGGAGGAGAAGACGAAGGGUUGAGGAGAAGAGGAUGUUCGUGCACAAAAGACGAUUUUCUCCCUGAAGAGUCGUUCCAGAGCUGGGGCAAUUACGUCCGAGCCCUGAAAGAGACUCCGACCCGUUUCAUCAAUCGGGUCACGACCCGAUCAUUGGACAGCGCGGAACUGGUUGACAUGAAGGCUCGGAGCCAGCACGAGAUGAAGAAGACGCUCACAUGGUGGGACCUCAUGUGGUUCGGAAUCGGAGCCGUCAUCGGCGCCGGAAUAUUCGUCCUGACGGGCCUCGAGGCCAAGACGGAUGCUGGCCCCGCCGUCGUCUUAUCCUACGUCGUUUCGGGCAUCUCCGCCAUGCUUUCUGUUUUUUGUUACACUGAGUUUGCAGUCGAAAUUCCCGUUGCAGGCGGCUCCUUUGCUUAUCUAAGAGUAGAGCUUGGAGAUUUCGUUGCCUUCGUUGCCGCAGGCAACAUUCUCCUCGAAUACGUAAUCGGUGGCGCGGCCGUGGCCCGAUCAUGGACCUCCUACUUCGCCACCCUAUGCAACCACAAACCAGACGAGUUCCGUAUCAACGCCGUGGGUGCUCUCUCCGAAAAUUACGGCCACCUUGACCCGAUCGCCGUCGUGGUCAUGGCCUGCAUUUGCGUCUUGGCUGUGCUCAGCACCAAAGGCUCAUCCCGACUAAACUACGUCGCUUCGAUUGUCCACGUCCUUGUCAUUCUCUUCAUCAUCAUCGCCGGUCUUACGAAAGCCAACAUUGAUAACUACACACCGUUCUCACCCUUUGGCCCACGUGGUGUCUUCAAAGCCUCGGCAGUGCUCUUCUUUGCCUACGUAGGAUUUGACGCUGUUUCGACCAUGGCUGAGGAGACUAAGAACCCUGGUAAAGACAUCCCCAUCGGGCUAGUUGGUUCCAUGCUCUUCACCACCGUCGCUUACUGUCUACUGGCUAUAACCCUUUGCCUAAUGGUACCAUACCAACUAAUUGACGAAGAUGCUCCCUUCUCGGUUGCGUUUGAGACCGUCGGAAUGGGCUGGGCGAAGUACCUCGUUGCGGCUGGAGCCUUAAAGGGAAUGACGAGUGUUUUGCUAGUCAGCGCAGUGGGCCAGGCUCGUUACCUGACACACAUAGCUCGGACCCACAUGAUGCCGCCAUGGCUGGCCCAAGUCAACCAGAAGACUGGUACCCCAGUCAACGCCACCAUUGUCAUGAUCACAGCCACGGCCGUCAUCGCCUUAUUCACCAAGCUGGAUAUUCUCUCCAACCUCCUCUCCAUAUCGACCCUCUUCAUUUUCAUGCUCGUCGCAGUCGCCCUUCUCGUCCGGCGGUACUACGCUACCGGCGUGACUACUACGGCCGACCGGAACAAGCUGGUUUUCUUCCUCGUAGUGAUUCUGGGCUCUUCGGUUGCUACCUCUGCUUACUGGGGCACCAGCGAUGGUUGGUACGGGUACGCCAUUACUGCUCCGCUUUGGUUCUUGGGGACACUAGGUCUUCGAAUCUUUGUUCCUCAGGCGAAGUUCCCUAAACUUUGGGGGGUUCCAUUGGUGCCAUGGUUGCCCUCGGCUUCGAUUGCCAUCAACAUAUUUCUUCUAGGGUCAAUUGAUAAGGACUCAUUUAUAAGGUUUGGGGUUUGGACUCUGAUUAUUUUGGGCUAUUACUUCCUCUUUGGGUUACAUGCUUCGUACGACAUUGCCAAGGAGUUUGAAAAGGAGAAAGGGCUUGGAAACGACAAUCAUUUGAGAAAUGCUGAAGAAGGUGGUGUUGCCGUACCCAAUAAUUAGUCCUUUAAAUUAGAAUUGUGAGGUUCUUUUCUUUUCUUUUUUCUGAAAUGUUGUUUGUAGUAAAAUUUUUGUUAUAUAGUUUGAUCCAAGUAUUUUUAUGGUUUUUUUUUUGUUUGAAUUAAAAUGGUUUGUUUUGAUAUCA